AUGGAUUCACAACCAAUUAUUCGCGAUCUUGUUGCAGCCAAUAUUGUAUCACAUUCAACAUCGUCGAAUGGAACAUGUGUUCAAUUAGUUGAAAGUAAUAAAAAUCCAUUUGGUCAUACAAUAGUAAAUACACGAAAUGAUGCAGCGUCUGAUCCACAGGAUCUUGUAAAUUUAGCUCGACAAAUGGAAACAUGUGAUGCAUUUGUUCGAGCAAAUGUUUCUAAUCGUUUACAAGUUAUUGUUAAUCAAAUGAAUUAUUUACGUCAAGAAGCACAACGUAUACUAAUGAAAGCACGACGUGAUGAUGAAUUAAAUCAUUGUGCUUGCAAUCUUGUUCGACGACCUGGACAAACAUAUUAUCAAUAUGAAAGACAAAGUGGACAAAAAUAUUUAUCAAUCAUGCAUCCACAAGAUUGGUUAUCGAAUGUAAAAAGUAGUGGAUGUCCACAUCGAUUUUUAGGUGCAUACAGACUUGAAUAUGAUAAUUCAUGGACACGACAACCAACAGAUUUUGAUGAUGGAUUAGAUGAUCCAUUAGAUGAAUUAAAACAACAAAAUGUAUAUGAUGCAAAACAAAAUCAAAAAAUGAUCGAAUUUCUUAUUAAAUAA